AUGCCUCCGAAGAAGUCCCCGAGCCUCCCCAAAUCCGCUUCGAAGUCCACGCGCGCGAAGUCCAAGGCCGCCAUGCGUUCAGAAGACCGCUUCGCCGGCGUCCCAGGCCGUUUCCCAAACUACCCGGGAGACUACUCGUGCGUGCGCUCUACCAAGGACUGGGCUGAGGAUAAGGAAUCGGAGAAGGCGAGAAAGGAUAAGGUGGUGAAGGAGAAGUUGGGGGCGAUGAUUCGGAUGUUUGAGAGAGAUGCGCAAGAGGGGAAGGGGGGAUGA